CUCCAAUCCCUUCCUGUAACCAGGCGUCGUAUGAAUAAACAUAAGCCCCUGAUGGCGAUGGGAUCUCGGAAGGUCUAGAUAGCUGAAGCGGAUUCAGUUGGGUUGUUUUGUCGGGGGCUCCUUCAACCCAACAAACCCCAGAGAAAGGACUUAUAACUUUUACCUUUCCUGUCCACGGGGAGAUCAUGGUUCGGGCCCCCAGCGUUAGAGGGCCACUUCUGGUUCUGCUCCUGCAGCUUGUCCUUAUCUGCUCCGCUCAAAGGAACCAAGGACCUGCUGGCCCUCCUGGACCUGCAGGUGUCCCAGGAAUUGAUGGUGUUGCUGGGGAAAGGGGAGUAGAUGGCGAGGACGGUCUUCCUGGGCCUGACGGAGAUGCAGGUAAACCCGGCUCUUCAGGACUACCUGGGAUUCCUGGAAAUGAUGGUUUGACCGGCCCUAUUGGAGAUCCAGGGCCUGAUGGUCCCCCGGGACAGAAAGGUGAACCCGGAAAACCUGGACCUCGUGGAGCAGCUGGCGUUGGGCCAGAUGGACCCCCUGGACCACCUGGGCCUGGAGGACUUCCGGGUGAAUUGGGAAAAGCUGGACCACUUGGGGCCAUGGGUGUGAGAGGGCCACAGGGACCUCGCGGACCAGCAGGGCCCAGAGGUGCAGCUGGAAUGCUGGGCAGUGCCGAACUGUGUCCAAACUCUUGUCCACCUGGGACCCCUGGACAUCCUGGCCUUCCUGGCAUGAAGGGCCACAAAGGUGUCAAAGGUGAAGCAGGAGAACCUGGGAAACAAGGGCACAAGGGUGAGGAGGGAGAUCAGGGGAGCCCAGGGGAGGUCGGAUCCCAAGGACCAACGGGUCCUCAGGGACUUCGUGGAGCCAUGGGAAUGAUGGGCACAAAGGGAGAGAUGGGAGCGCGAGGUGUUGAUGGAGAUCCAGGUCCCCAGGGUGUUGGAGGGGCAACUGGAGAUCAAGGCCAGAGAGGUGUGAUGGGUGAGACUGGGCCUAAAGGUGAAAUGGGUAUUCAAGGGCCUCGAGGAAUCACAGGCCUUCCAGGUCCAAAGGGAGAGGCUGGCUUACCAGGUGUGGAUGGUCGUGAGGGUAUUCCCGGAAUGCCGGGAGCAAAGGGAGAGAUUGGGAAGCCAGGCGUUCCUGGAGAGGUUGGACUUCAGGGGCUUCCUGGCUUGCCUGGUUCACCUGGACAAAAAGGCUCGAGUGGCUCUAAGGGAGAUGCUGGUCAGCCAGGCUUUCCUGGAACAAUGGGACCUGCUGGCAAGACAGGUGAGCGUGGAGAACAGGGAGAGGUGGGACCUGUUGGGCCCAUUGGAGAACCUGGAGAUAUUGGAGAGCGAGGCCCUUUGGGUUCAGUCGGCAAGCCAGGAGCCAGGGGACCCAAAGGUGACCCCGGCCUCCCUGGUCUCCCUGGUCCACCUGGCCUGCCUGGGGUGAAAGGAGAGAGGGGAGACCGUGGAGAAGCAGGACCCAAAGGAGAUCAGGGAGCACAAGGUGAUGAGGGCAACCCUGGAGACAAAGGGGAUGUUGGUGAGUCAGGAGAAUCUGGACCUAAAGGAGAGGUUGGUAACCCCGGCGAGCCUGGCAAAAGAGGUCCAGAGGGAAGUCGAGGUCAGCCUGGCAUUGAGGGGCCACCCGGAACACCUGGACCACGGGGCAUGCAGGGGAACAGGGGUCCACCUGGAGUCAGAGGGACUCAGGGUCCGGCGGGUAAAGAGCCAAGUGAUCAGCACAUUAAACAAGUUUGCAUGAGAGUCAUGCAAGAGCAGCUUGCCCAGUUAGCUGCUAGUUUAAGGAGGCCAGAGUCUGGUGUAGCUGGUUUACCUGGAAGACCUGGACCUCCAGGGCCUCCCGGGACUCCAGGAGACAAUGGCUUCCCUGGGCAGGCUGGAGCUAGAGGCCUGCCAGGACUCAAAGGGCCACCAGGAACUAUGGGACUGAAAGGACCCAAAGGUGAAAUGGGAGACAGAGGCUCCAGAGGGCCCACUGUACGAGGACCUAAAGGUCAGCCAGGACCUCCUGGACUUCCUGGUGAGCCAGGCAAACCUGGCUACGGUAAGGAUGGUCAGGACGGGCAGAGGGGGCCUCCUGGCCUUCCCGGACAGUCCGGUGUACCUGGGCCUCCCGGUCCCGCCGGUCCUAAUGGUUACUGCGACCCGUCGGCCUGUAACCUCCAGGCAGGGGCCGCCCACCAGUCUCUGGAUGUGAAGGGACCUGCAGGGAACUGAGAGCCACUCUGGCAGAGACAGAUAAACUGUUGGAUUAGCUCCUGUGAGCACACAACAUUUUUCACACCGUUUUCCAAGAGGCUGCGGCUGGUGAGGUGCCUUCGAUCCAUUAACCUCUAGUGUAGUGAACAUGUUUCGUGCCGGCCACAUGUCCAUCAGAAGGAAUCAGCCCCUUCAAGUCGUAAAGAAACACAAAACAUUUUAUGUGCUGCAAAAAUUGACCUUGUUCUGGUGUGUUUUUCUACCCUGGACAUGUUUUGAUAAUUGUGUGUUCUCACAUUUUGGAGACAAUAUGAUAAUGAGUGGAAUGUUUCUUGGUCCCACUCUUCUUGUACCUCUGCCUGUAUUUUCAUCUUGGUUUUCUCCAAUUACACUGUUUUGUGAAAUGAAAGUUCCUCCACUUUCCUCACAGUACAUCUCAUAUAAUCACCCACAAUAAAUCAGGAUCAGGAUCUUUUUUUUUUGUCCAAGUACCAACUACUCUUUUUCAACCUGCCACUUCAAAAUAAAAUGGAGAAAGGAUGAAAAUAUCAUCAAGUCACACUGACUUCAUUUUAGGUUGUAAAUCUGUAAAAAAAAAAAAAUGUUGAGUUGUGGUUAAUUAUAUUUCCUACGAAAAACAGCCUGAUGUGGGAUUUUUUUUCGCAUUGUACAGAAUGACAACAGGGUGCAGUCAUGCAUGUGUGAAAAUAUAGUUUAGGCAUGAGGGAUGAGACCCUCAUUAAUGUUACAAAUAAAGAAAAUAACACAUGCAGCGUUUAAUUUAUUCUGUAUACCGAUAUCCUUCUGUGAUAAUAUUAA